GUCAUUCAUUGACAAUACGAUCAGAGCGUGCACACGUAUCCCUCGCAUCGUCGUCUAGAACUGGCUCAAAGUUUUUCACUGACGAAUUACUUUUCGCGCGCUUUUGUGUCGGGAGUUUCUCGGGGAGUUUAUGUACCGGUUUUAAAAUGGAAUCGACAAGACAUAGUUCGUUUUCUACACGAGAAUCGUGAUCUCUUCGGGCUUUUCAUGCGCUUGGGAAGAUUCAGCCCAUUCCAUUUCAUGGUGUGAAAGGAGAAUAUUCACAAAAAUACGCUGUAUUAUUUUUUUGCGCCAUCAACAACCCAAUGUUAAAGUGUUUCGAAUCGUCUGCAAAAAGAAAUCACCUAAAACGUUCGUUGUCGGAUAUCGGUUAGUAUUAUCGUUCUCCUGAUCAUUUUUUUUUAAGUCUUAAAGUCAGCAAAUUCCAAAAUAUUUAGGCAUCAAAAUGAGUUUGGCUUAUCGUACCGAAUCCCUGCAGUAUUUUGUUUUCUUCGUCACAUAUUUCGAUAUCGGAUACUGAUUGUGCCUUGUGUUGGUAGUUUCAACCAUGGGACCGCCUUGGAAAUGCACUACUACUACUAGUGGAUAUUAACACUGGGAUAUAAUCACACUCGGUGAGGAUUUUUUUUAAGUUGCUCCCUGGAUUUACCUACCCUCUAAGGAUAUUUGAGGAUUUUAUCGACAAAGCAGGCGAAGUCUUGUUGGAUAUUUCAUUUUUCAAGGCACCAGCCCAUACACCCCCACCAUGCCGCAUCACAUCGACAACCCACCUUUCAACCGCAAAGACGCCAUCUGGUCCGGCUGGCUCAUCAGUCGAAUCCCCAGCCUCAUCCCGUUCCGUCCGUGGAAGCAGUACUGGUUUGUACUCACCAAUGACCGGAUCCAUUACUUCAAGCACGCCGGCUCCGUCCCGCUCCAUGGCUGCCGCAUGAUCUCCAGGACCAGUAAGGACCCAGAGGAGCCGCUUGGAUUUGUUCUCGAGAUCAUCCCACGUAAGAAUCCGGAUCAGCCGGAUAUUCUGGGCAAACCGUUCAUGAUGUGCUCUCCUAAACAAGCCGAACUGGACGUGUGGGAAAGAGAAAUCCGGAAGUUACGAGGAGGAGUCUUUGGCCAGAGUCUCGAGGAUACCAUCGUGAACGAGAGUGAGGAAUGUACAAGGGAAAUCCCCGUGGUGGUGGAGCGGUGUGUAUCACAUCUCAGAGAGACUGGUCUAAACGAGGAAGGAAUCUUCAGAUUAAAUGGCCGAACAAGCAUGAUACAGGAACUACAGGAUAUCUUCGACGGUGGCAACGUCCCCGACUUCGAGGCCUACGGUGCCAGCUCGCACACGGUAGCAUCUCUUCUGAAGAGAUACUUUCAAUAUCUUCCCGAACCGAUCAUUCCCUGGCGACACUGCAGGUACUUCAUCCCAGCCAUGCAACGUCUUCAAGAAUGCGAAGAAGAUGGGCGAAGGCAGCUGGUCGUCCAACUCGCUCUCCUUCCCAAAGUCAACUACAACCUUCUGAAGUACCUUUGUCGCUUCCUGCACGAGGUUCACAAGUUUGAGGCGCAAAACAAGAUGGGACUUGGUAACCUGGCCAAUAUCUUUGCACCUCAUAUACUGCGUCCACAACACGCGGAAGGCAACUUUCUGCUGGGUAGCACUGCCCUUAGUCUUCAGUUGGUCCAUUAUUUAAUAAGGAACCAGGACAAGGUGUUUCCUCCAAUCAGUACGAUCCAGAUGCACUGUGCCAUGACGACAAGAGACUAUUUGAAGCAUGAGAGACUGGCAAAAGAAUGCGCGAAGAGGGCGUCUCUCCAAGAGAACAAAUACCUGAAUCACACGUUGCCUUUACCGGAUGAGGAACCUGUUCUUCGGACAAAGAAAGCCCUUAGACCAAAGGAAAUCGUGCAACAAGAAGAGGAAGAAGACGCAAUGAACUAUGUUAACACUGACCUUACAGACAAUGAUAUAGAAAGUAGUCUUCUAGACUGCUCUGUUCAUAGUAUCUACGAAAAUUUAGAGAUCCCUCAAUCUCCGCAACAUUCCGUGUCCUUGAUAGAAUCUCUUAAGUCAAGGAUAUCAGAAGUGCCUCCGAAACCAAGAGCAUAUACCGAACACAAAGCAAAGCGAUAUGGCGUCUCGUAUCGUGACCCAUCGUCGAUAAUGCCCGCGCCAUACAACGGACAAAAGUCACCUUCGUACACGAACGGAACCCCGCCGUCGAAACCUUCGACGAGUCCGCCAAAGGAAGAUGCCUUCGGACGCGGCAAGAAGCCCAAGGUUGCCAAAGGCGAUGUCCACAGUCAGGAACACCAGGGAACCACUUACCAGAACAUUGAGCUGGGUUCCUCAGGGGCUCUAACCAACGGGAAAGAAUCCCGCCACACCAACGGGGACAUCCUCAUCAAACCGCUUCCUGAAUUGCCUCCCAAGUAUGGAGAACACAUCCACAACAGUGUUCCCAAGAUGGUCGGUGACUACAGCAACGAAAGCUUCAACGUGCCUUACGCCAAUAAUCUCAAGAUACCCCACCUGAUCAACGGUGAGGUCACAGGUCACAUGCAGGGUUUACGAAAUAAACUGAGACAGAAAGAUGACGAGUUGAGUAAACUGAGAAAAUCAGUGGACAGGAUGAAGAAGGAAUUGGAAUCUAUGAAACUCAGGGUCAACGUAGAGGAAUCUGCACGUCUGAACGCAGAAGAGGAAAACCAGCAGCUUCACAUCGAGUUGGAGUAUCUACGACGGUGUCUCUCAAAUAGAUAGCCUCAUCCUAGCUAAGCAAUGCCCCAGUCACAUCAACGGAACUUUGUCCAAACCGACCGAUGGCCUGUCAUAGGAAUUAACGUUAUACAUUUGGCCAAUGUGCAGAUGUGAGUGAGGCAUUGGCAUAGGAUUUUGGAGUUGAGAUACACCGCACCGUGAUUGUCAUUGCAAGUGGACGUCAGGAUUCUCAACGUAUGAGAAUAAGGAUCUCCGAUAUUAAAUAUUUAAGAAAAUAGUGGAUGGUUUACUUUUAUCAUACCAUGAUUAUGUAAUCUCUCUCAUUUCCCCACUGGGUAAUAAUUGGGGGACCUAGAAAAAGUUAUAUUGACCCCCACUCCACCAAAAUUGCAACUACACAAAAUGAAAACAAACUAGUCAUGUUUGGGUAGGUCCUACGUUUCUAUUCGGAAUUGACACAGUAGAAGAACGUAGUAAAACGUUAGAACAAACCACUAACACCAAAAUUUUCUCGAGAUCCGAUAUUGUCGAGAACUGUAUUUUGCGCCAGCCUAAUCUUGUAAUCACAAAUCUGAUUCGCUCGUAGGCUGAAGGUACUGAUUCUUGUGACAAGAAAUAAUUGAAGUUCCACUCUUUCGGCUGAUGCCAGUUUAUGGUGUCUCCAUUUCGAAAAAGAAGGUGGAAAUUCUCUUUUAAAAGAGGUCUAAUAUGGGGAUUCUUUGUUUGGAGCCCGGGAAGGAAAGGGGAUGAAGGAAAGAGAUGAGACGAGAUAAUGACUUAAGCGGUAAAAUUUUGGCAAGUACUUUGCUUUGAGGCCUCCAUUACAACUUAAACCACUUAAAAAGAAAUGCGGCGGAGUUUGCAAAGUGAGUCACUGAUUUUAAUAGGUUAAACCAUGUGUUUCUUUUUGAUCUUAAUAUAAAUAAUAUGCAUCGGAGGGUGGAAUGGUGAUGAACAAAUUCCCAGACCUUGGUGAGGUCUAUCUUGUCAGUGUGAAUGAUGGUUACCUGUUCUGACGUGGUAUUCCCCUAUCUAGAAAGUGACAAAGACAGUACUGAUCGGCUGUAAUGUGCGAGAAGGGGCAUCAUAAUGGGUACCUAACUUUUUUAAAGAAAAAAAUACGUGAGAGACAUAAUAAUAAUACUAAUGAUAAUAA